GAGAACCAGCCGAGCCUCCAGCCGCAGCGCUGAUGCCAGUUAAGAACUGCCUCUCCGGGAUCGCCGCAGUGUACUUCUGGCGCAUGCGCUAAGAAAUACCACCACUCAGCCAUGCUUUUCACUUCAAGAAUGGAAAGAAAAGUCAGGCGGGAAGGGCAGCUGGAAUGCCUGUGACACAUGAGUGGGGUCGUGCGCAAACCUUGUGUGAUGUCACUGAGGCGCCUAGAGAAAAACGGCCACUUGUUUCUAAGCCGCACUAAGGAGAGGUGCGUCGGAGCCUCAGGGGCAGUGGUGGGCCCGCUCGCCCUAAGAUCUCACCAUCGCCAUGAGCAAUAAGGAAUGUUUCAAGUGUGGACGCUCUGGCCACUGGGCCCGGGGAUGCCCUAGAGGAGGAGGAAGUCGAGGGCGUGGAGCUAGAGGCCGCGGCAGAGGUUCCCAGUGCAGUUCCACCAACCCGUCUGACAUCUGUUACCGCUGUGGUGAGUCUGGUCAUCAUGCUAAGAAUUGUGAUCUUCUCGAGGACAUCUGCUACAACUGUGGGAGAAGUGGCCACAUCGCCAAAGACUGUAUUGAGCCUAAGCGAGAGAGAGAGCAGUGUUGUUACACUUGUGGCAGACCAGGCCAUCUGGCUCGUGAUUGUGACCGUCAGGAAGAGCAGAAGUGCUACUCUUGUGGUGAAUAUGGCCACAUUCAGAAAGACUGCACCCAAGUCAAAUGCUACCGGUGCGGUGAGACUGGCCACAUGGCCAUCAACUGCAGCAAGACGAGUGAAGUCAACUGCUACCGCUGUGGCGAGUCUGGACAUCUGGCCCGAGAAUGCCCCAUUGAGGCUACCGCUUAAUUUUUUUUCCUUUGUCCCUCCCUCCUUUUGUUGAUAGAUAAUUGUAUUAUUUUCUCUGAAACUAUUUCACUGACCAAAAGUUGAUAGAUGGAGGCUACUCCCAGGCUAGGAGGAAAGGGCUGGAAAAAAAAUCUCCAAAUAAUUUGUUCACUUUUAGAUGUCUUAUACUGUAAUUAAUGUGUUUCUGCGCCAUUGGUGAAUCUGAUUAUUGGACAGUCAUUCUGGGUAUCAGGCAAUUUCUAGGUUCUUUGUGUUUUGCUUUAGCAUUUAAUUAAGGGCUACUACUGUGUGCCAGCCCCUGUUGGAGGAAUUGGGGAUAUAUCAGUGAACAAAUAAGAUCGAGUUUGGGAACAUAGGCCUAGAAUCUAUUGAAAAAAUAAUAUAAUGUGUCAGUGAAGAUAAAUUGCUGUAGAGAAAAAGAACACCAGGUAAAAGAAUGGAAUGUGCAUGGGGAGGGGACAUGUGGUUCUUAGAUACACAAAGUACCCUGAGAUGGCAUUUCCUCAGAGAUUCAUUGCAUAAAUAAAGCUGAUUCUGAAAAUGUG